GUCAACUCGACCGCGCGAUCCAAACAACACAGUGUUAUGGUUGUACUCUAUGGUUGAACCAAAUUGACUGACAAAAACCCCCAACAUUUUGCUCAUUUUUACGUCUUAGCUGUCAUUUGGUGGCAAUCAUGGCAGAAGAACGGAGAGAUUUUAAUUUCCGGGCAGAGUACGCCAAAAGCAACAGGGCCUCCUGCAGAGGGUGUAGAGGUUGUAUCCCAAAAGACGGCCUACGUCUGGCCAAAAUGGUGCAGUCGCCCUUUUUUGACGGGAAACAGCCAAACUGGUAUCACUACAGGUGUUUCUGGAUGUACGUCAAGAAAGUUGAAUCAACCAGUGAUAUCGGUCACUUUGAUGCGUUACGCUGGGAGGACCAAGAGAGGAUCAGAGAGCAAAUCAACGGAGGUAGAAGUGGAAGCAGCAAGGCAGCUGCAGCAUCCAAGAGUAGUACGAAAACAGAGACGUCGGAGGAUUAUGGAGUGGAGUAUGCAAAGUCCAGUAGAAGCUCCUGUAAGGCGUGUGGCGAUAAGAUUGACAAGGAUGAGCUGCGUAUUAAAUACCGAAGUGAAGAAGCAGCUGCUGUGAAGGGCAUCCCAGGUACCUUAGACACGUGGCAUCAUCUAGACUGCUUCGUCAAGCCAGACUGCUUAGCGGCCGUACAGUGGCCAGACACGUUCUCUGUUAAGCACCUGGAGGGGUUUAAGAAGCUGGACGCGGAUGAUCAAAAACUCCUGGAGAAGAAAUUCCCCUUGAAGCGGAAAUCUAAAGCCAGCAUUGAUGAGCCAGACUCUAAGAAGCCCAAAGGACAAGACGUUGAUAAAGAGAAGGAAAAAAUGAAGGCACAGAGUGAAAAAGUCUGGAAAAUCCGAGAUGCGUUGAGGACAAAUCUGACAACAACUGAGAUGAAGGAGCUCCUUGAGAUUAAUGACCAAGAGAUUCCCUCUGGGGAGAGCAAGCUGUUGGAUCGCCUGAGUGACAUCAUGACCUUUGGCCCCCUGGAGCCGUGCAGCGAAUGUGACCAGGGCCAACUGGUCUUGACAACUGGUGGCUACCGUUGCCAAGGCAACAUAUCAUCAUGGACGAAGUGCACCGUAUUCACCCAAGAUGUAAAGAGGAGGAAGAAAGUCAUCAUACCUGACGACUACGAAGUCGGCACCUACCUCGAGUCCUUCAAGUUUAAAGCCUACAAUGGUGGCAAGCGGUUGUUCCCAAAAGAGGAGGCUGGACCAUCAAAAAGUACAGCACCGGUACGAGGAUCCACAAACCCAUUGCUUAAUGUUGCGGUAACAUCAGCUGGGAAGCUGAGUCUGUCCAUCAGUGUGAUCAAGGAGAUCGUAGCUCAGCUUGGGGGGAAAUACUCUACGUCUGUCACCUCAUCAACUGCGUGUGUUGUCAGCUCUGAAGGUGAAGUGAAUAAAAGGUCACCAAAGAUCACCAAGUCUGAAGCCCUCAAUGUUCAUGUAGUUUCUGUUGAGUUCCUGAAUGAGGUUGAAAAAGGCGGCGAUAUACUCAAGCUUAUCCCACAACACAGCAUAGCUCCCUGGGGCUCAGAUGUUGCAGACAGGAUUAGUAAAGAUGAAACAGACAGUAGAGGGUCAUUUCCAUCUACCAGCUACAGAGGCCAAGAUUAUGCAAUAGGUUAUGGGCGUUUCAACAACAAGAGUGUGUCGAGUGGAGUGAAGAAAGUUCAGCUCAAGGGUGGGGCAGCAGUGGACGAAGAAUCAGGUCAGUCACUUUAG